AUGGGAGUUGAAGGAAGAAGAUUACAUGAGGAGAGGCAAAGGCAGAUGGGUGAUUAUGAAAGCAAAAGAGUUGUUGGUAACAACGAAGGAGGAGAUGGUGGUUGUUGUAGCAGCAACGGUGGAGGAGAAGGAAGUGGCAACAGUGGUGGUAGAAGAGGAGGAAGUUGUGGUGGUGGUGGUGAAGGAAGAACUGAUGGUUAUGGUGAAGGAGAAAGUAGUGAUGAUGGUGGAGGAGGAAAAAGAGGAGAAAGUGGUGUCGAUGGAGGAAGAAAAGGAAGAAUUGGUGCUGGUGGAGGUGGUGAUGACGACGGUACCAACAACGUAAGGGGAGAAGAUUGCGAUGGCAGAAGUGUGGGGAGGGGUGGGUGA